UGAGAAAGUGAGGACAAAAAAUUCAGUGCAACUUCUAGAAAAGUGUGGCAAUUAACCAUUUUAUUCCGGAUAUGGAAAAUGUAACUAGUUGAAUCGUAUAUACUGUAGAAAAACAGUUAGUUCGUUUUCAAAAAUGUGCGUUAAUGAGAUUAAUAUGGAAAAAGACACCAUGGACAAAGGGCCUUGUUUCGGCAGUAGACAUGUACAAAUGAUAUUGUACUUUCUAUUGAACAUGUUCUCGUACGCUUUGAGAUCAGUACUAUCUGUGGCCAUAGUGGCAAUGAAUGAUCGCAAAAUAACUAAAAAUCAAAAUAUUCCUUCAUAUCUCUGGGACGAUCAAAGUGUGAUUUUAUCGUCGUUCUAUUGGGGAUAUGUGGUUUGUCAGCUUCCAGCAGCAUAUUUUGGUAAAAAAUAUGGUGUAAAAUGGAUUCUAGUUGGUUCAACCAUAUUGGAUUCGUUAUCCUGCAUUCUUAUCCCAACAAUGGCCACUCUCCUAGGCUCAAAAGGGGUAAUUUUAUGCCGGGUUUCUCAGGGUUUAGCCCAAGGCUUUCUGUUACCAUCAGUACACACGCUUUUAGGGCAUUGGGCGCCACCUACCGAACGAUCCAGAAUUGGAACUUUUGCUUAUGCAGGUGGUGUUUUUGGAACAAUCCUGUCAAUGUCGGUCACAGGUUUGAUUUGCUCCGGCUGGUUGGGAUGGCCUUUUUCGUUUUACAUUUGGGGAGCUUUCGGGCUCAGCUGGAGUUUUAUUUGGAUGAUUUUUGGAUUCGAUUGUCCAAGGACGCAUAAUAGUAUUUGCGAAAAAGAGCGGGAUUAUAUUGAAAAAAGUUUGGGACAAACUGAAAAAAAGUAUCGCGCAGUACCUUGGAAAGGCAUAUUCAAAUCUUCUCCUGUUUGGGCCUUAAUUGUAACAAAUGCUGGCAUUAAUUGGGGUAGUACUGUCUUGUUAACUCAAACACCUACUUAUUUAAGUAAAAUACUUAAAUUUGAUAUAAAAGCGAACGCACUGUUAUCCUCAUCACCAUAUUUAGCCAUGUGGAUAUUGUCGUUCCUUUUCAGUACUAUUUGUGAUUGGAUAAUAAAUAACAACUGGGUCACUAGAGGUGUAGCAAGAAAGAUUUUCAACAGUAUUGGUACCAUUUGUCCAGCAAUCGGUCUUCUUUAUCUUGGAUUCGUAACAAAUGCCUAUAUGGCUGUUUUGAUUUUGGUGCUAGUAGGAGGCACAAUUGGAGCAGGAUUUUGUGGAUUUCAAGUUAACCACAUUGAUUUGUCACCAAACCACUCAGGAGUUUUGAUGGGCCUGACCAACGGAUUCACAAGUACUUUUAGCAUUGUUUCACCUUUGGUUGUACAAUUUGUUGUUACAGAUCAGACUAAUCAAUCUCAGUGGAUGACAAUCUUCAUGAUUACCGCAGCAGUAUAUGCCCUUACAGAUAUAGUUUUCAUAUGUUUAGCUUCUGGUGAAGUCCAGGAUUGGAACGAAAGUGAUGAAAAGACUGAGUCGAGUACAAAUCGAAUUUCUAAUAAUAACGCAUAAUUUUAAAAUGAUGUAUAUUAUUUAUUAUUUAAUUUAGCAAAUCAAUAUAUAUACGUUUUAUUUGAAUCCAUCCUGGCCAUUUUAGCCCACACUUUGCGACCCAGAUUAUUACUUAUACAAAUAUUGGAAAGAGGACAAAUAUAUUUUGUCCUAUAAAGCCGUAGGACGUAAUGAUACGCCUUUGCGAAAUUUAUAGGUAUGCAAAUCGAGUUUAUUAGAAAUAAUUUAUAAACAAUGUUCUGGUAUUUUUUUUUAAAUCGCUACUUAAAUAACAAACAAUUUGUCUUUGUGAAAUAAAU